UAACUUCAUUGGUUUUUGAACAUCUCAAUCUUUUGGAGUUUUGCUUUACCUUUUUCUUCUGUCAACGUCAGCGUCUGUCAACGAGUUGUGUUCGUACGUCAGAGCGGGACAGAUGACGACUGAGAGCUCCCACGGCCCACUGCGGUCAACGCCCCCGAUGAGGACCAGUCCAGCGUCCAGCGCGCUGCAUCCAGGACUGAUGAACUCCACAAGUAGCUUGGAGGACCAUGACGCCGUGCCCAAAAACAAAAAGACUAAUUCAGGACUACGACGCCCGGAGAAACCGCCCUACUCUUAUAUUGCGCUCAUUGUCAUGGCAAUUCAGAGUGCACCGACCAAGCGACUCACACUCAGUGAGAUUUACCAGUUCUUACAAACACGCUUCCCUUUUUUCCGAGGCUCUUAUCAGGGCUGGAAAAACUCUGUUCGGCACAACUUGUCUCUGAACGAGUGCUUCAUUAAACUACCAAAAGGCCUUGGGCGGCCGGGUAAAGGGCAUUACUGGACCAUAGACCCCACUAGUGAGUUUAUGUUCGAGGAAGGGUCAUUUCGGCGAAGACCGCGAGGGUUUAGGAGAAAAUGUCAAGCUAUGAAACCAAUGUACAGAAUGAUGAACGGCCUUGGGUUCGGUUCCGCCAUUUUACCUCAGAGCUUCGAUUACCAAACUCCCACUGGCGCACUUGCGUGCCAUAGCAGUGGCUAUAACCUGGAUCUGUCUGGUAAUGGUUAUGAGUCAAUGAGCAGCGGGCACCACGGUCACAUGUCCCCCAGCUCCAGACAUGGCUAUAUGGCUAGCUGUCCAGUGCCCGGGAACGGAGACUAUGGCGCGGAGAGCAACACCAGCCCAGUUCCGUCCUCUACUGCAAUAGCGGGCGCGCUUGAGGGUCACUCGUCGUAUUCAGAGAGCACGGCACUAUGGGCUUCUUCAAAUUCUCCAUACCUAAAACAGCCGUCUACAGUCACAAGCAGUUCUCCGUCCACAGGGCAGCAUCCCGGGAUAUUCACCUACUCCCUGGAGCAGGGUUAUAUGCAGCAAAGUGCGAGAGACAACACAGACAUGUCAGUGGGAAUAUCGCGCUAUCCGACACAUUCUUCCCCAGUCGGAGAACGGAAGGACUUCAUGUUGAAUUUUAACGGAAUUACGUCUUUCCAUCCUUCUGCUGGUGGAUAUUAUCAUCACCAUCAUCAUCACCAUCAUCACCAUCAGAGUGUGAAUCAAGACGUCAAACCUUGCGUGAUGUAGUCCGCUAUUUGCGGAUCAAGUUGCACAAAGAUAAGCACUUGGAUAACUGUGAGGUAAAGAAAAUUAAUGAAGGAUUAAUUAUUUUGCACUCAUGAAGCGAUUGGAAAUAGGCCUAUUUUCCAAAACCAGCCCUGGCAGCGAGCGCAUAGAAACAGUUAAACUCAUGAAGUCAUGGACGGGCCAUUUUAUGUGUUGUGGCUACAUUUCAAUAGAGGUUGAAUUAAGCAAAUUUAAGUAUAUAUUUCAAUUAAUCUGUACAGUACAGUGUGAUGUGUGGAAGUUAGAAAUAAAACAUUUCAAGGAAA